GUCUGUUGCACAGCAGAGUCAAUGCUCACAGAAAGCUGCCCUACUGGCUUUCCUUGAUUCCUGCGGCAACUCCGGCAGUGUGGCUCAACCUGCAGUCUGCUGAGUGUUUACAGGGAAUAAAAUAAAAUGCCAAAAAGAAGCUGACGGCGCGAGAGAGGAGGAGAGGAGAUAAAGGGUCUGUAUGAAGACUGGCUUCAGGAUGGACAAAGAUGUUAAGAAGCCAAAGACCCAUGUGUCCACUUUCCGGUUCGCCCUCAAUCCUCAAACCAGACCUCUCUGUGUGGGGAGGAAAGAAAAGGAGUAUGGACUGGAUACCACUAAGAUGAUGGUAAACAACAAACUGGGAGUUUCGCCCACAACAGAUGCCAGACAGACACAAGUCCAUGCCCUCACCUCGCCUCACUUCAAACAACCACUGCAGGACUGUACAGUCUUUGAAGGAAGUGAUGCUACCUUUCGAGGUGUUAUCGCAGGGAGCCGGCCUCUGGGCGUUUCCUGGCUACACAAUGGUGAGAAGGUGUCAUCCAAAAAUACUUCCUUCAAGAAUGGCGUUGCCGUUCUGGAUCUGAUUCGGUGUUCACGUGAAAACGCUGGGACAUACACCUGCACAGCGGAGAAUACUUAUGGAAAACAGUCAAGCAGUGCUGUGUUACAUAUCACAGGAAAAGCAACAAAGGAAGUCCCCAGAACACAAAGACAACAGAGAGACGAAAAGGACAAAGUCUCCACAGAUAUCAGAGAAAUCAACCCUCGAACAAAAGUCUCCACCAGUGAAGGACCUCCUGUGGAGUUUCUAGACCCACCUGAGCAGGUGGAGGCUCGGGUAGGAAAGCAGGCCCGGCUGCACUGUGACUUCAGGAGCAGCUCUGUCCCUGUGGCCUGUUGCUGGAUUUACAACAGAGACAAAGUGGUAGUGGGAGGGCAGAGGGUGUCUGUCAGGAGCAGUAAGACCCAGAGCAGUGUGGAGAUCUCUCAGGCCUGUGCAGACGACACAGGUUCUUACACUGUCAUUGUGCGAAACCGAAAAGGCUCUGCCCAGCACACAGUCUCCCUCAGUGUCGUAGACCGACCCGAUCCACCAGCAUCCCCGCCUGUCGUCUCCAAGCUGUCCACUCAGUCCCUGGUCCUGUCCUGGACUGGUCCCAGCUACGACGGAGGCACAGCUGUGUUGGGUUACAUUGUGGAGGUCAGACAAGAGGGCCCGGACAAGCCUGGGAGCUGGACCGAAGUGUCGAGCCGUUGUAAGAACACAUCUUAUCACGUCCGCUCAGGCCUGAAGCCUCAGGGUCAGUACCUCUUCCGUGUCCGAGCCUACAACUCAGCGGGAGUCAGUGAGCCGAGCCAGGAGUCUGACUGUGUCAAGAUGGCGACAGCGAAGGAAAAGAAGGAAGAGCCUAAGUCGUACAUCACAGUGACCGUUGACACAAAAAACAAGGUCAAGGACCACUACAGUGUGCAUGAGAAGCUGGGAGUUGGGAAGUUUGGCCAGGUGUUCCGGUUGUGCCAUAUAGAGACGGGUGCGGUGUGUGCGGGGAAGUUCUACCGAGCGCGGACCUCGAAGGAAAAGAUCGCGGCCCACAAGGAAAUCGAAUUGAUGAACUUCCUCCACCACCCAAAACUGGUCCAGUGUCUGGCUGCGUACGACACACGCUCAGAGAUGGUUAUGGUCAUGGAGUAUAUUGCAGGUGGAGAGCUCUUUGAACGCAUCGUGGAUGACAACUUUGAGCACACGGAGCCCACCAGCGCCCGCUACAUGCAGCAGAUCCUGGAGGGCAUGCAGUACGUUCACAAGCAGAAAAUCGUCCACCUUGACCUCAAGCCAGAGAACAUCGUCUGUGUGGAUACCACUGGCACACAGAUAAAGAUAAUUGACUUUGGCUUGGCUAGUAAACUGGAGGAUGGCAAACCUCUGAUGGUGAUGCAUGGUACGCCUGAGUUUGUGGCCCCUGAGGUCAUCAACUACGAGCCUGUGAGCCUGGAGACAGACAUGUGGAGCAUCGGAGUCAUCUGCUACAUAUUGCUCAGUGGAGAAUCUCCCUUCCAGGGAGACGGCGACGCUGAGACAUUAGCUCUUGUGACUGCUGCCCGCUACGAGUUUGAUCAGGAAAGUUUUGAGGACAUCUCUGAUCAAGCUAAAGACUUCAUCAGCUCCCUGCUGAAGAAAGACCGGAGAUGCAGGUUGUCCUGUACCGAGGCCCUGGCCCACCCCUGGAUGGUCUCUUUUACCCCUCUGACCCGCAGACCUACUAAGUCUCUCAGGAAGGAGAAGAUGAAACACUUUCUGGCCAAGCGCAAGUGGAAGAAAACUGGCAAGGCUGUUUUGGCCCUACAGCGGAUGGCUAACCUCUCUAACAGGCCAGACUCUCCUGGCAGCUCCUCAGAGGAGCCAGUCUGGAGCCAAGAGGCAGAGGAAGCCAUCCAGUCGCUGGAUCAGCAGCUUCAGAGCGAACCUUGCUUCCAGCAGGCCCUGAAGGACACCACUCUUCCCAAAGGAGCAACUGCCCAGCUAAGAUGCCUAGUCAAUGGUUACCCACAGCCCAAGGUGAAGUGGCUUCAGAAUGAGAAGCCGGUGUCUCAGUCGAGCAGAGUGACCGUGGAGCAACGUGAGGACGGGCUCUGCUCCCUGGUUCUGUCUGAUCUGAAGCCUUCUGACGCCGGGGUUUAUGUGUGCAGGGCCAGCAAUAAGAUGGGGCAAGCUAUGAGCUCUGCCAAACUGAAAGUGGAGACGUGAGCAGGGGAUGCACCUCAGAUUUGUUUGUUUGGAGGGGGAUUCUUCACAAUUAGUUAUUUGAAUGGUCUGGUAAAGCUUAGGCUUUGAAAUGGCAUGCCAGUACAUGGAUGGACAGUUUCCACUGCCACACAAAUGGCAGCAUUCAUACAGUUUGAGGAAAAAAGGUUGUGUUGUGGUCCUCAAUCAUCAAAAGGAUAAUCAGAUCUGGACACACUUACCCAGAGUCCUUUGUUUCACACGUCACCAGUUACUAGCACACUUACUAAUUCUGUUUUCUUUAAUAUGUGUUUAAGCUGUUCAGCUACAAGUGCACAGGGUUUUGUUUUACUGUAAUAGGGCGACUUCAUGCUACUGUGCCUGAGCUCAGCACCAUUCAAACGGCGAGUCACAUGAAAAUUGUACAUUUUGCACAUUGAAAUAUUGUCAAAUGUAAAUGAUUUAAAAGCAUUAAACUUACAAUUAAGAACCA